GGGGUUUUCAUUUGACUCUGCUGUUUCCUCCAUCCAAAUUAUCUUCGAGAUUCAACCGGAUAGUUGAACGAAUGAAUUCCAAUGGAGGAGUUGAUGAAUUGCUCACCGAACUCCAGUCGUUAAAGGAUUCGAAGCUAGAUAUCGAGGCUCGCAUAUCUGUUCUUGAAGCUCAGCUUCACCAAAUUCAAUCAAAUCAACACGCCAAUCCAAAAGGUUCUUCCGAUUGUUCCAACGGUCGCUCUGAUUUUGGCCAUGAUUUGACUCCAGAUAUGAUUUACAGAUACAGCCGUCAACUUUUACUCCCUUCCUUUGGUGUUCAAGGGCAGUCAAAUCUCUUGAAGUCGUCCAUUUUGGUUAUUGGAGCUGGGGGUUUAGGAUCACCUGCUCUGUUAUAUCUAGCUGCCUGUGGUGUAGGCCGAUUAGGUAUGGUGGAUCAUGAUGUUGUUGAGCUAAACAAUCUGCACAGGCAGAUCAUCCAUGGUGAAGCAUACAUAGGUCGCUCUAAAGUAGAGUCUGCUGCUGCAGCUUGUCGUUCGAUCAAUUCCACCAUUGAAAUAGUGGAACACAAAGAAGCUUUGCGCACAUCCAAUGCUUUGGAGAUAGUGAGCAAAUACGAUAUUGUAAUAGAUGCAACAGAUAAUGCUCCCAGCCGAUAUAUGAUCAGUGAUUGCUGUGUUCUGCUUGGAAAGCCUCUUGUAUCAGGUGCUGCACUGGGUUUGGAAGGGCAGCUCGCGGUUUACAAUUACAAUGGAGGCCCAUGUUAUCGAUGCCUCUUUCCAACCCCACCACCCACAACAGCAUGCCAGAGAUGCUCUGACAGUGGAGUUCUAGGUGUAGUUCCUGGCAUUAUUGGUUGUCUUCAAGCACUAGAGGCUAUCAAGGUGGCAAGCUUGGUUGGCGAGCCACUUUCAGAAAGGAUGCUUUUGUUUGAUGCAUUGUCAGCCAGGAUUCGUAUUGUGAAGAUUAGAGGAAGGUCAUCAAAAUGUGAAGCUUGUGGAGAAAAUGCAACAUUAACACGACAAGAAUUUCAACAUUUUGACUAUGAGAAAUUCACUCAGUCACCAUUGUCUGCGGCUCCUUUGAAGUUGAAAUUGCUGAAGACCGAUUCUAGAAUUAGCAGCAAGGAAUACGAUGAGGUUGUUAAAAAGGGAGAGGCGCAUAUCCUGAUUGACGUACGACCAUCCCAACAUUAUAAGAUCGUUUCUCUUCCCAAGUCCACGAACAUACCCCUUGCAAAUUUGGAAGAUCGGUUGGCCGAGAUAUCCGCUGAAUUGAAAAGCAAAGGGAUUCAUGAUGUCUCAGAUGCUAGUAUUUAUGUAGUCUGCAGAAGAGGUAAUGAUUCGCAAAGAGCCGUGCAAUUGCUUCACAAAUUGGGGUUUACGUCUGCUAAGGAUAUCAUUGGUGGAUUGGAAUCAUGGGCACACGACGUGGAUCAGAGAUUUCCGACCUACUAGUAAGUAGAGAUGGACACAAACCGGUACUAAAAAAACACAGUUUGGUCAACAGGCGGGUCUAAGCAGUCCAAAAAAACCCUGGUCCGAAAGGUCUACUAGUAAUUAUGUUGUUAACAUUAUACAAAAUCUUGUUUUGAACAACAAUGAAUUGAGUUCUUAUACUUUGAACAAUGAACAAAAUGUCGGAUUUUAA